AUGACUUCAAAUGAUAGCAUAACAUCUGAAUCGGAACCUGGGGAAACUAUCGUAGUUUCCGAAAUUGAAUAUAGACUCGAAAAGCCCAUUGUUGUUUUUAUUCCCGGAAUAGAAUGUCAAGAAGUAUCUAUUUGUCAAGAACUUUUCGACAAAUUUGAACAUUUUAAACAAGAAACAACUACAUUAUCAACUGUUGAAAAUAAUAAAGAACUAUUAAAUCAAUCUAUAUCUCUUUGGAAUGAAUUAUUGCAAAUAGCAAACUAUGCCAGCCAGGAAGAUACACGCUAUUUUGAUACCUAUCGUGGCGUAGUCGUAAAAAUAUUUAUGGAUAUAAACGAAACUGAUCUAUUUAAUAAUGAUACUGAUUUUUCGCGAGAAAAAUUCUUUGAUUAUUUAGAUCUUUUGAAUAGACACGGAAUUCAACAGUUAUCUCUAUCAUCAUCUACAAAUACAUCAGCAGAUGUUAUAAUUGAAUCGAACAUACAUAGGCUAUUGUAUAUUCUAUCGACGUUAUGCGAUUUGGUAGUUUUUGUUGACAUUGAUAUGGACAGUAAGUAUAGUUCGCUAUUGAACGUUAUGCGAGAUUAUGUUGGAAAACAACUUCAAAGUACGACAUUAGAGUCAAGUACCGAUGAAAAACUUACUCCUUUGUAUCAAUGUAUUUUAUUGUUUCUAUGGCAUUUAAGCGAUCAUACGAUAGUCGUUCCAUAUCUUUUACAUGCUGGAUAUGGUAAAAAUGUUAUUAAAUGGUUAAAAAAUGUAACAUUAACUGAUGCUGUACGUCAACCUAUAGUAAAUAUCGUAUUUAAUCUAGCGAAACACGAUGAUGGUGCUGAUGAACUUAAUAAAUAUGAAGUUAUAAAAACAAUCGAACAAACGGAGCAAUCUCAUUGUAUACGUGAACAAAAUAUAUUAUUACUGAAUACUAUGAUAUUAGCUCUUCUUUCUACUCCAAAUCAAAUAAAAGCUGACCCAACAGAAACUAACGCUAUACUUGAUCAACUUCUUCAAAUAGCUAUUAAUUCAUCGACUGCAAAAGAAUAUCGAUGUAACGGUUUUCAUGUUUCGGAACCGCUUGUUGUACUUGUUAAAUUAUUCGUUGAUGAUACAACUUUUGAUUAUGUUAUGAAUCACGCAAAAACGACUCCUCCAUCAAAUCCAACGUCUACUGUUAAUUUAUUCUCCAAUCUGCUGAUUUCGUUUUAUGCAACACUUCCAAAAAAGAACCAUCUUGAGCAAUUUACUUUUAUUGCACUGUCUAAUAUCCUAUGGAGUAUUUCAUUUCAUGAAGUUUAUCAUGAAUUGUUGACACAACACACAGAACUGAUGAAUAUAGUGCAAAAUGUAGCCCUAUAUGAAAGUGAACUUAUUAUUGAACAAUAUGUACCUCGAUUCAUGCAGAAUGUUAAGAAAGCUGCUGAUGGUAUUUUAUUCAAUCUUGGUCUUGAAAUAUCUGUGGCAUCAGUGGCAUUACCAUGUCUAUCUAUAGAACAACAACAACAGCACCAACAAAAAAAGCCUCUUGUCAUGUUGAGUUAUUCUCAUGCUAAUAGUCAUUUUUGUGAUAAAAUACUCGAACUACUUGAUCAAAAAGCUGAUUUACUCGACAUAUGGAUUGAUAAACGUUUUUGCAAAAGCAGUGACGACGUUUGGGAAUCUAUUGCUAAAGGUAUUAAAGAUUCUGAAUUGAUCAUAUGCAUAGUAUCAUCAGAAUACUUGACAAGUAAAGCAUGUCGCCAAGAAGUAAUCUAUGCAAAAGAUCGACUUAAUAAACGCUUUUUACCUGUGUAUCUUGGAAGACCGGAAAUAAGUGAAUGGUUAGAUAUUCGACUCGCCGAAUACAAAUAUGUGCGUUUUCAAAAUACACAUUUACCAUUGAAUGAAGACAAAGUAGAAGAAUUUUUAUCAAAAGUCAUUGAAUCCAUUCCGUCAGAAUAUCAACCAGACACUAACCUAAUUGGUACACAUCAUCGUUCAUCACCUAUUUUUGACCAGGCACUCACUAUAGAAAUAAUAAAGGCUGACGGUAAUUUAGCAACCUUGAAACCAAUUGAAACAAUUGACAAUAGAAAUAAAUCUGUAUUGACAUGGACUCAAGACGAUAUUUAUGAUUGGUUUGCACGAUAUGAUAUUUGUCCAUACAUACGUGACAUGUAUCAAUUUAAGACUGGUGCGCAAAUGAUCACCUAUGCAGAGUGUUUAAAAGAUGAAUGGCAAAAACAAUAUGAUAAAUAUGCACCACGAUACGCUCGCCGUUAUCCACAUAAAGAAUUGCUUGAACAUGAAUUUGCACUUUUUAUUAGUGCACUACGACAGUUAGCUGGUAGGUGUAUUUUUUUUGUUAUCUAG